AUGUUGAGCAGGGCCGUCCAGUCGGCGGGGGCGUCCGACCAAUCCGCUCCCAACCAUGCAUCCAAGGCCGGCCUAGCUAAAGAAUUGUUCCCGUCUAGCAGUCCCAAUCCUCACGAUGGCAACAUCGCAGACCACUUCAAAAAGCAUCGGCCGAGCCAGAAUGUCUUCGGUGUCGCCGCUGCCCAGGCUGCUUCGAGCUUCAACCGAUCCCACAGUGCUGGACAGCCUCUGAAACCACGGUCUGGUAAUUUCUCCAAGCCUCCGAGCUUCAACACCGCCUCGAGCUUCGGCUCUGUCAGGAGCAGCAACAGCAGCAGGGCGAUUACGAGCUUGUGCGGCAAGACCGACUCUUUCAAAGACGAGCCCGACGUUAUCGAUCUGGUCAACCCUGCCCCGCAGUCUCAGCGGAAUCCAGUCAAGACGGCAGCUCCGGUAUACAUCGCGGAAGAUGACUUUAGCGACGAUGACGACCUGGACUUGGACUUCGAGCGCCCUUCUGCCCUUCCCCAACUGCCUCCACAGCUACCUACCCUGCCCCGAACCACAUCAGCCGUCACCGACCCUCACCCAGCAAGCGGGACCAGCGCCCUGAGCUGGUCCCAGUCAUCGCCUUCGCACUACCGUGCACCACCGCAGCGGCCACCCAGGCCAGCUGCUCCCCAGCCACCUAAACGCGCAGCUUCCGAUGCCGACUCUAUCGCAGCGCCAAAGGCCAAGAAGCGAGCCCUACCCAAGAGUUGGCAGCGUCCGGCAAAGGAGGAAUACAUCGACGUCGACGAGUAUCAAUCCAUGACUGUCACCACUCCAGCGCCCAAGCCAAAGGAUGUUGCCCUCUGGGACGCCACUGCCAGUGCGGUCAAGGAACAGAAGAAGCAGCUGAAAAACCAGAGCAAGAAGCCCACGCAAGUUGAGCCGCCCAAACCGGUCGAACCCACUGCUCCCCAGGCGGUCAAGUCGCAUGCGGUUGUUGCGACCAACCAUGCCAUCUCGCUGAGCAACGAGCAGCGACAUGUCAAGUCACUUGUGUGCGACAAGAACCAGAGCGUCUUCUUCACUGGUCCUGCCGGUACCGGAAAAUCAGUGUUGAUGAGAGCAAUCAUUCAAGAGAUGAAGAAGAAAUGGCUGAGGGACCCCGAGAGACUGGCGGUCACAGCUUCGACUGGCCUCGCCGCAUGCAAUAUUGGAGGCAUGACGUUGCACAGUUUCUCUGGUAUCGGUCUGGGCAAGGAAGACGUGCAGCAGCUUGUCAAGAAGAUUAGACGGAAUCCGAAGGCCAAGAAUCGCUGGCUCAGGACAAAGACGCUCAUCAUCGAUGAGGUGUCUAUGGUUGACGGUGAGCUCUUCGACAAGCUGUCUCAGAUUGGCCGCAUCAUUCGCAACAAUGGCAGACCGUGGGGCGGCAUCCAAUUGGUUAUCACCGGUGACUUCUUUCAACUGCCACCCGUCCCAGAUGGGGAUAAGAAGCGAGAGGUCAAAUUCGCCUUCGAGGCAGCAACUUGGAACACGUCGAUUGAUCACACUAUCGGUCUGACCGAGGUGUUCCGUCAGAAGGAUCCAGUCUUCGCAAACAUGCUCAACGAAAUGCGUCUCGGCAGAAUCAGCGAACAGACUGUUGAGAGCUUCAAAAAACUCGCCAGGCCUCUGGGGUCUGACGAUGGCCUCGAGGUCACUGAGCUCUUCCCCACGAGAAACGAGGUUGAAGCUUCAAACUCAAGACGCUUAGCAGCUCUUGGAGACCAGGCUCAUCGAUUUGAUGCUUUUGACUCGGGCGAUCCAGCCGUGCGGGAGAAGUUGCUGGCAAACAUGAUGGCUCCCAAGGCCAUUACUCUCAAAAAGGGCGCCCAGGUCAUGCUCAUCAAGAACAUGGAUGAGACACUGGUCAACGGUUCACUAGGCACAGUGAUGGGUUUCAUGAGCGAGAGCACGUUUGAACUGACCGGGGCUGCGGACGGCUACGGCUCUGGUGGAGAGGAGCAUAUGGACCCCAACUUCAAGAAGCGAGUGGCAGCUUUCAGCCGCCAGUUGGACAACUCUUCUUCCGGUUCCAAGGCGGUGGAGUAUCCGCUAGUACGGUUCCAUGCCGUGGAUGGCACCUCACGGACGCUUCUCUGCGUGCCCGAGGAGUGGAAGGUAGAGCUACCGACGGGAGAGGUUCAAGCUUGCAGGAAGCAGCUCCCUCUGAUUCUGGCAUGGGCCCUGUCCAUCCACAAAGCCCAAGGACAGACUCUGGAGCGGGUCAAGGUGGACCUGGGCAAAGUGUUCGAAAAGGGCCAGGCAUAUGUCGCUCUGAGUCGAGCCACCUCGCAGCAAGGCCUGCAAGUGCUGCGUUUCGAGAAGCACAAAGUCAUGGCACACCCUCGAGUCGUUCAAUUCUACAACAAGCUGUACAGCGCUGAGACGGCACUGAAGAAGAGGCCGACGGCGAUGACAUCGCAGCCCAUUACGAACUUUACGAACAAGGCGGCGAUGCCCAGUGCGAGAUCGGGAUCCAUCACGGCUUUUGCCCAGCGCAAGGAUGUUGAGGUCAUUGAUCUGGAGGAAGAGGAGGCGGCCAUGGCGGCAUAUGGCUACUAA